AUGACUGAUUUUGUCUAUCAAGGAGAAGACUUUGAAGAUAAAGUUAGAAAACAAGUUGAAUUUUAUUUUUCAGAUUCAAAUUUACAACAAGAUAAAUUUUUAUGGAAAAUAUAUGAAUCAAAUGAUGGAUGGGUUGAAUUAAAAACCUUAUUAACAUUUGGUAGAAUGAAACAAUAUAGACCUGAAGAGAAAGUUAUUGAGGCAUUAAAGUCAAGUGAUAAAUUAAUAUUAAGUAAUAAUAAUGAUAUGAUUAAAAGAAAAGAUCCAUUAAAAGAUUUAGAUGAAGUUAAAAAUACCAAAAAGAAAAACACUGUUCAUAUUGAAGGAUUUCCUCAUGAAUUAUCACAAGAAGAAGUUGAAACUUGGUUUAAUGAAAAAAUAAUUCCAAAUUUACCAAAUGAAAAAGAAAUUUGUUCAAUUCGUAGAAUUAAAGGUAGAAUUCAAAAAAACUUUUUCGGAGUAGUUGAUGUUGAAUUUAAAAAUGAACAAGAUGCAGAAUAUUUAGUUAAAGAUGAUGUUCAAUUAAGUUAUGAAAAAGGUAUAUUAACCAAAGAAGAAGCUAAAGAUUUAGAUAAAAAACAAUUAUUAAAGAAAAUGUCAUUAUUAACUUUUCAAGAAAUGAGAGAAAGUGGUAAAAGAUUUGGUCAAAAUGAAGUAACUAAAAGAAGAAAUAGUUUCAAUGAAAAUAAUAAGAACAAAAAGAAUAAGGGAAAUUUUCAAAAGAAUAAAGGUAAAAAAUUCAACAAAAACAAUAAUAACAACAACAACAACGAUAAAGGUAAAAAUAAAGAUGAAAGUGAAGGAGCGACACAAACAAACGAUGAUAGCAAACUAGACAAAGUUAAUGAAGAAGGAAAAGUAGGUAACGAAGAGAGUUCAAAAUCAACUGAACAAGAUCAAUCAAAAAAGGAAGAACUUACCACUGAGGUUCCCGACUUAAGUGGUCAAAAACAAGACGAACAAGCCAUAUCAGAAGAGUAA